AUGGCACCUGCUCAGGUGUCCGCUGCUGCCAUGGCAACGGGUCCUAAUCUGCAUUGUCAGGCCCAGUUCACCCUUCCUUCAAGUCGGUUCCGAUUUGUGUCGUGGAAUCGCCUGGAGCAGUGUGAUGUCACGGGUGACCAGCUGACCUGCCCCAGGGUCAGAGAAGGGCCAUCAGAAGAGCUGUUACAAAGAGAGAGGGAUGACAUUUGUUUGGAGAGAGGGAGGAGAAGGAGAGAGGAGGAAGGACAAAGAUGGGAAGAUAGACUGCAAGAGAAUUGGGAAAACUGUCUGGAGUUAAAUCUGUCCUACCAAGACUUGGGGGACCCCUUCCAGCAAGAGAAUUUCCUUCGGAUCCUCCGCCGGUUAUUCCGCGUGGAGAAACUACAACUGGUUGACAAUUCCCUCACCAACCUGAGCUCUGUACGUCUGCCAAGGUGCAAAAUGCUAAAUCUGCACCGCAACCACCUGGUGUGUCUACGUCAGCUGCCAAAGCUCCCAGCAGUGGAGCACCUUUGUCUGUCUGAGAACGCCAUUGGCUCCCUGGGGGGACUGAGAGCUCUAGGGAACAGCCCCCUUUGCUCCCUCAACCUAACCCGCAACCCAGUGACCUUCACUCAGGACUAUCGAGCACGUGUUUUCCUCUGUUUGCCAAAGCUAGAGAUCCUGGAUGGAAUCCCCAAGCUGCCAGAAGACUCUCAGCCCACCACACCACUGUUCUCCGAAACUACCAGGAUGUGUAACAUUUUAUGACGAUUCUCUCAAUGCAUGGAUGUGUAUGGAAUCAGUUCUCCCAAUCCUAUAACACUUGACACAAUGACAUUCAGCAAAGCACUCUUCAGCAAACUUUGAGGUUGCACUAAUGGUUUCAUAGAGCUGUUCAAAUUAUUUACACAAAACGUGUCUCGACAGUUGCCGAAAAACACUGACAAUGCCAUCACAGGAAAUGUAAUAGUAAUCAGCUACAAGGCCAUGCAAAAUAUUUUUUUAUAUUGAGUACAACUUAUAUACACU